CCCGCUGUUAUGAAACACAUAUCGUUCGGUAGUGAACACCUGGUUGAGUUGGCAGUAGUCGGUGUUGCUCUGAUGAUAGCACGGAAUAUGUGGCUGCUUGUGCAGUAUCGACAGGAAUGAUAAGCUUCAGCGCGGUGCUACUGCAGUUGGUGGCUAUAGCUUUGGUACACGCUCAUGACACAGGGAAACCUUUUGUGACCGUCGUGAGAACCGAUGGCUUUGGGGCACAAUUGCAAGAAAGAAUUACAUGCCUUGUCAAGAGUAGGGUAACUCCAGGACUUUCAUAUAUACAUACGCCAAUGAAAAAUUUGGACCACUUAAGGUCCGCAUCCUGGCGAGUUUUCCAAGACCUGGAAGAUUUUGUCAACCUUGGGGAAGGUGAGCUACGGCCAGAGGAUGUACUGGCAGAUCAAAUCAAGAUCCUAGAAGGUUGCGCAGGUUUUGUGAAUGCCAACAUUGGUUUGCUUGAGUUGUUCAAAGGAGAACUGUGUUUGAAGCAACAGAGUAACAAGGAAUGUCCACAGCAGCGCAUUCAACAUUUCCACCUUGACAGCGGCAAUCCCCGGAAGCUAAGUGUACAUGUGCAUGUCAGACGAGGAGAUGUUCAGAGGGACAACAACUUUAAAUGGUUGGACAUGUCUCACUAUCUGAAGAUUGUGCAAAAGGUGUCAGAAGCUGCAAAACUGGUUGACAUGUCUGCAGAAAUUCAUGUUUACUCUCAAGGAAAUACCUCAGAGUUUACUCAACUUGUUGAAAAAUACGAAGCAACGCUGCAUCUUGACGUGGAAAUGAUGGCCUCUUGGAAGGCCAUGACAGAGGCUGACGUGCUGAUCAUGAGCCGCAGUUCAUUUUCGUACACAGCUGCAUUAUACAAUCAAGCUGGUAUUAUCAUUUACAGCGAUAUGCGGCCUUCUGAGCCUCUUCCCAGCUGGCUCGAAGACUCGGCAUCAGUCAAUGCUAUUGCAAUGCGAUUGCAGCACUUUAAGGUUCUGAGGCGUCUAGGAGGUUUAACUUAAACUUUGAAAGUAUCAAACUAAUCACUGGUGGCACCGAUGGGUGACCCAUCUAUGAACGAUAAUACUAUUCUCUAAUAGUAGUACUAUCAUAGAAUAUCAAUGUCUCGGAGCCGCUCGAUGGCCACAGCGCUGUGCUAGCACUGCUGGCAUUUAAUCACAUUUAGCCACGGUGGCAUCAUGCAAAUGAUUAAGUGUAUAAACAUGUACAAGCAUAAACAGAUGAGCAACUUUGACACAUUCUAGACUCGAUCAACUUGAAGGUUUUUGAAGGAGUUCAAAUAAGUUAC